UCUGUUAUCGGUGUUGUUUUUUCCAGAGUUCGGACAGUCCUACAGAUUUUAGGCCAGCAAUAUGUUACUGAGGAUUAGCUAGUUAGUGACCAAAUCCUGAUCGUUUUCCUUUUCUGAUUUGACGUCAGGAUGAUAUCACAUCAGCAAUUAGCAGUUGAAACACUCCCCGCCCCUGUUUCGGUAGAAAGAUGAGUGAUGGGGCUGAAGAAUUGUAACUGCUCAAAUGAAUAGACAAAACUAUGGUAGCCCUUGAUCACGACUCUCAAUUCCAUUACACAUAACGUUACGAGUCAUUGGAUGAAGGUGUCCUUCUGUAUGUGGGAAAUUUGAGCGCUGGGGCAUUUAACAAUCAGAAAAUUAACGAGGUAUUGUUUUGGAUGCAAGGACCGUAACUUUCAUUUCGGCGAUAAAUCAUGAAAAUAUAAGUUGGCCAUAUCUAAAUGUUACAGCACUUGUGGAAGGCGAGGCGAAGCGUAAUUCUGGAAGUGUAGCAGAAGGGUAGUUUUGUUGGAUGGAGUCACCCAUAGCUGUAUGGAUGUGUGAAACUGCUACAGUAAGUGUAUCUGUUUUAUUUGAAGGAUUAUUUCUUUCUGCUGAAAGAUAAAGGCCAUAUGUUUCGAAAUCCAAUAUCUCAAGCGAUGAUUGACGUUUCUUAACGUUCACAUCCUAGAGUUUGAGAGCAAUGGAUGCAAAGACUGACUAUGACUAUCCAUUAUACCAAACUGAUAGCCAGCAGCAUACCACCCUGCAUAUCACUACUGGCUUGCUUCUGAAGCUAAGCAGGGUUGGUCCUGGUCAGGCCCUGGAUGGGAGACCAGAUGCUGCUGGAAGUUGUGUUGGAGGGCCAGUAGGAGGCACUCUUUCCUCUGGUCUAAAAAAAUAUCCCAAUGCCCCAGGGCAGUGAUUGGGGACACUGCCCUGUGUAGGGUGCCGUCUUUCGGAUGGGACGUUAAACGGGUGUCCUGACUCUCUGAGGUCAUUAAAGAUCCCAUGGCACUUAUCGUAAGAGUAGGGGUGUUAACCCCGGUGUCCUGGCUAAAUUCCCAAUCUGUCCCUCAAACCAUCAUGGUCACCUAAUAAUCCCCAGUUUACAAUUGGCUCAUUCAUCCCCCUCCUCUCCCCUGUAACUAUUCCCCAGGUCGUUGCUGCAAAUGAGAACGUGUUCUCAGUCAACUUACCUGGUAAAAUAACGGUAAAAUAAAUAAAAUAAAAAUACCAAACUGAUCAUGUUUUUAGGCUAUAUAGUGUUACAUUUAUAGUUCUAUAAAGUGUUAUUUUGUUUACACACACUGGAGUAAAACUAGUCCGGCUGUGAUACAGUUCGUUGGUGUAUAUACAUUAUGAAAACAUUUGUGUAAAUAUUCCUUACAAGUAAGAAUGUUGAAUUCAAUUACAUUAUAACUUACUCUACAGGUUGUUUGUACUUCAGCGGCUCGAAAUUUGAGACAAAAUAUACUUAUGAAAUACUUUUUAGAGAGGUAUGUAUACGGUCCGGUUUGGCACCAAGGUAAAGUCAGUUUUACAUAGGAUAUUCGGUUUUUGCUCGUCAGUAGCUAUUGAACCAAGCAUGCCAUGACAAUAAAAAUUGUAUAUUCUGAAUCAGGGGAGGGUGGAGAAAAAUUCACUUUUUAUAUAUUGAAAUCGGAAUACAAAAUUGAACAAACCUCACAGACAACCGGUAGAGUAAGUGCAAAUGUAAUUUUAUUCAAAAUUCUGGCUUGUAAGGAACGUUUACCCGAUUUUGCACAAAUUUGUGUAUUACAGGCUGGUUAAUCAACUACAGUAAAACAAGCUUAUAUUUUGGGUUCUGAUGGGGUAUGACAGUUAAACAAAGCUCAUGAGUGGAAUGAAGUCACAAAGCUAUUCCGAGCAGGGAUGCCUCUGCGGAAACAUCGACAACACUUCAGAGUAUAUGGGAACUGUUUUACUGCCAUAGCAGCUGUCGACUGGCUACACGAACUGCUCAGGAACAAUAGUAACUUUGGACCAGAUGUCACCAGACAACAGACUAUCCAACUGCUGAAGAAGUUCCUCAAAAAUCAUGUGAUCGAGAAUGUGAAGGGCAGAUGGGGUUCAGAAGAUUUGGAAGACAACAGCCAUCUCUACAGGUUUGCUUCAACAUCUCCUUUGAAACCAAUUCCCCAUCGCCCACCUGUGUCAGGGCCUGCAUCAGUAAAGAAGAGUUUCUCAAUGAAAGAAAAGGAAGGCUUCUUCAAAUGUAGGACUUCCAAGAAACCUGACAAGGAGACUACAGAAAAUGUGGAUCCAUCAAAAGAAGAUAUGGAGACUGAGCCUGUGAUUGAAGUGGUCCAGGCCAGAGCACUAACAGAUGAAGAUAUUCAGGAUGUUUGGAGAGGCAUCACUCUCACACACCUUCAGAAAACAUUGGGAUUGACUGCGCUUGAUGAUGUUUUGGAUCCAAGACACAUCAAUUCUCAAAACAUUGUGUACAACAUGACCAAUGUGAACAAGCAUGGGGUUGUUACACUUGAGGACAAGACUGAUGACCUCCCACACUGGGUCUUGUCUGCAAUGAAAUGUCUUGCGAACUGGCCGAAGUAUGAUUCCAACCAGCCAUCCUAUCCUGGGUUUGAGAGGGAUGUGUUUAAAACGGUCUCUGACUACUUCUACAGCCUCCCUCAGCCACUUCUUACAUUUGAGUACUAUGAGUUGUUUGUCAACAUCUUGGUUUUAUGUGGCUACAUUGUGGCUCCUAAAAUUCAAAGAGGAAAGCGAAAAAACCAAGAGGAGCCCAGCUACCCCCAGCCUGCAAAAAACCCUCACAUGAACGGUGCUGUUAACCUGUUCAAAUCAACGGAAUGUCUGCUGUUGAGCUUAAUUCGGAAAGAGGCUUUUGAAGAGGGCGACUCACCAAUGAGAGAGGUGUUCAGCUCAAAGGCCCAGUCCACGUUUGCAGCUCUGAAGACAGGCUGUGUCGGGAGGGUCCCCCAGAUGGGUCUGACAGGCCGAAGGGACAGUUCUGGGGACGUCCUGGGAGGCAGCUCUCCGAGUCUUGUACGGUCAGAGAGCAGUGGAGCCUCAUCAGUUAGGCUCAGAAGACCCAGUACUUGCUCCCUGGGGAGAAUCUUGGAUGAAUCAGCUGAGUCUGACUCAUGCUCCCAACACAAGUUGUUCCAGGCUACAGAGAGUCUGGUGUCCUGCAAAAGUAACAGUGGCAGCAAGUACAGCACCCCACCUCAGAAUAAAACUGACUCUCUGUCUGUUUUAGACAGCUACCCUUACUCUGAACCCCAAGUCUUUGUCACCAUGGCAACUCCCAGUUGCAACACCAGUUCAGGUGUGAUGUCUGUAGAGGGUAGCACUCGCAGCUCCAAAAGCGAGGGUGUCAGAAGCAGCAUCUCACUACCAAUGGACAACCUCUCAGUCAGUCAGAAGCCCAAGCGCCCUAGGAGCAUUGGUACCUGUUUGGAUAUAGCUGAGCACAGAGGGAUGUCUGCCAGCUGUUUCAGUAUUAACGCCCCUGUAGCAGAGAUCACCGUGAAGCCAGACUCCUCCUCCACUGUUGGCCUGAGGGGUCCCAGUCUGCUCAACCUGAGGGCCAGCAGCAUGGACCUCCGAGACCUCAGAGCUGGGCCUUCUGUUAGCAGGCGCUGUCAGAGCUCUCUGGACCUGUCCAGGCCAACCCUUGCUCUGCCCUCUGUGUUCACUUAUGCACGCCGUCUGAGUUCCGAGCAAAGUCUCCUCCAACCUCAGUUGGAGCGGGUGGCCAUUGAGGCUCUGCAGCUCUGCACCCUGUUGCUGCCCCCUGCCAGCCGGAGGAAGCUCCAGCUGCUGAUGAGAAUGAUCUCCCGGAUGAGUCAGAAUGUGGACAUGCCUCGGCUCCAUGACGCCAUAGGAACACGCACAUUGAUGGUGCAUACGUUCUCUCGCUGCGUGCUGGGCUGUGAGGAAGAGGUGGACCUGGAUGAGCUUCUGGCCACCAGACUGGUCUCCUUCCUCAUGGAUCACCACCAGGAGAUACUCCAGGUGCCAGUCUAUCUGCAGAACGCUGUUCGAGACCACCUGGUAUACCUCAGAAAAGUACAGAUAACCUACCCAGGUAGUGGUGGUGUGGGGGCCCCCAUGCCCAUCUACUCCUUCUGCAGACAGAUCAGUACCGAGGAGUUUGAGGAGCAGAAGCUGAGUGUGUCCCAGGCUGCCAUCGCUGACCUGCUGGAGAGCCUGGUCAAAGACAAGAACAUGUCUGUGAAGGACAAGAAGAAGAAGCUCAAGCAGUUUCAGAGGCAGUAUACAGACAUCUACGCUCGCCGAUUUCCAACGACUGAGAGCGAGGCGCAGCUUUUUGAAGAUAAACCAAAGAUCAAACCUCCAAUGCUGAUAAGUAUGAAGAAACCAAAAGCUUUUGGAAUUAGAAACUGAAGGUACAAUUGGGAGGCAACUGUUUGUGUGAAAUAUUUUUGUUGCUUGAAACUAGACCUGGCAGCUAAAUUAAAUGUGGGAGGAAACUACUGUGGGGACCACCACAAUUUAGACUGCAACUAUGUAACAUUUGUCUUUAGGGUUGAAUUAUGCAUGUUUUAUGUUAAGUAAUGUUUUUGUGUAUGUAAUUUCUAAAUACUGCAGUAUUUAUCUUUAGUGCACCAAAUAAUUUAUUCGGGAUUGAUGAUGACCUCGUAUGGGAGUAUAAUAAGUGAGCCUGAAGAGGAACCUGUAAGCAAAUGACAAUUUGGGAGUUGAUUCUGAUAGAUUUAUUUUGAAGUUGAUCCAGAUUUAUACACUUCAAUUGACAUCAAAGUACGGAAUUUAAACUUUCACGCAUUUGCAUUUUCCAGGGAUUCAUUUUAUUGUUAAGCAUGGUAUUAGUCUACCUAGUUUAUUUUCAUAGAGUUGUAUGAAAUGCUUAUAAUUUAACUUUGUUCAUGUUUUUCUGUGUAUGUUUUGACACGUUGCUUCUCUGUAUUUUUAUUCCAUUAACAUUCUCUCAAAGUUGAGCUCAAACUACUUUAUUGUAUAUUUCUGGUGUGGGAUUUUAUUUUAAAAAAAAUUCCUGGCAAGUUAUGUUCAGCCAUUUGGGAUAAUGAAGUUUUGCACUAUUUUCUGUCAUUUUUAAAUGAACAGUAGUUUAGACCAGUCAAUACAAUGGUUAAUAUAUAUACUUGACAUAUGUAUUUUUAUUGCCAUUUAUGAAGUAUUAAACCUACAAGGGAGACUUUUGGACUCAUUUAGAUGCAUUUUCUCAAUACCUCUUUAUAGCUGUAUACCUAACCUCAAAGGAGGAGCCAUCAAUUACAUAUCAGUUUACCCUUUGACUUAUAUUGUUAUUUCCCCGCAAAACAUCUGUUUACUAUGCAAUGUUCUUGACAAUAAAGUGUUCAACUGUAAAACAAAA